GGUGAGGAAUUUUCAGCCGUAAAACAAUCCAUCUUUUGUCUUCAUAUGGUGACAACUUCUCGCUUCUGCUUUCCUUUCUUCUCCUAAUUCUUCUUUUCCGGAAUAUCAUCAAAUUACCCAUCGACGCUUUCUCCUUAUCUGGUGCUGCAAGCUAUUUCGAACUUGGGAUUGAUUAACUGCCAUGCAUCUAUAUUACUGUCCUUUUGGCUCAUGUUGGACUGCAUUUUGGAAUUGUUGCAGAGAGACAGUAUCGCUGUUAAAUGCUUAACAACUGUAACCUAGAGGAACCCAAGUUGUUAGUAUUUGAUUUGGAUGAUCAAUUUUUGCACAAGUUUUGGUGAUCCAUUAGUUGCUCGACAAGUCAGCUUCUUUCUACUUUGUGAUUAGAUUGGCUCGUGGGUUGUUUACUACAUUCUUUGCAUCAUGCCAGUAGUUCAAAAACUGUAUGAUGCUUGCAAAGAGUCUUUCUCAACUAAUGGUCCUAUAUCAGAAGAAGCUCUUGAAAAAGUUCGUGGAAUCCUAGAUCAAAUGAAGCCUUCUAAUGUGGGUCUCGAACAGGAGGCGCAAUUGGCUCGUCAAUGGAAAGCAUCCAUCAAUGGUACCAAUGGCAGAAGAGGGCGUAAUGGCAGUCACCAGUACCCACCUACAAUAAAAUAUCUGCAUUUGCACGAGUGUGACCGAUUCUCUAUAGGGAUCUUCUGUAUGCCACCAUCCUCUAUUAUACCGCUUCAUAAUCAUCCUGGGAUGACUGUAUUGAGCAAGCUUCUUUAUGGUUCAUUACUUGUAAAGUCAUACGAUUGGCUUGAUCUCCCUGGGUUUGAUGAUCCCUCUCAAGCAAGACCUGCAAAACUUGUUAGAGACUGUGAAAUGAUUGCACCAUGUGGCACAACAGUUCUUUAUCCCAGUAGUGGUGGCAACAUACAUUGUUUCAAAGCCUUGACACCCUGUGCUCUCUUCGACGUUCUUUCACCCCCAUAUUCAUCGGAAGAUGGGAGACACUGCUCUUAUUUCAGAAGGGUCCCUGCACGAGUUUUACCAGAAGGUGCUGCUGAAUUGUGUGGCAUACAACCUUCAGAAGUGGCAUGGUUAGAAGAAACUCCGCCUCCAGAAAACUUUGUGGUGCAGAGGGGUCUAUAUAAAGGCCCAAAUAUUAGGCUUUAAUAAAGGGUUUUUCCCCCCUCCCCUUUUGGAUAGGAUGUAAAGUACCAUUAAUCAGAUCAGAUGAACAAAUGGAUAACCCUGGAAUUGAUUGCUGGAAAGUUAGCUGUCAA